ACAAUUACAACUUGUUCACUAACUACCAUUUUUAUAAAACAAAAAAACAAGCUUCUUUAACUUAACUGUAGAAUCAACCAUGGCGGGCCUUGAAGAAAUCAAGAAAGAGAAUGUUGAUCUUGAACGCAUACCAGUGGAAGAAGUAUUUCGUGAACUGAAUUGUACAAAAGAGGGUCUCACAAAUGAGGAAGGGCAAAAGAGAUUGGGUGUUUUUGGCUACAACAAGCUGGAAGAGAAGAAGGAAAGUAAGGUGCUGAAAUUCUUGGGGUUUAUGUGGAACCCUCUAUCAUGGGUGAUGGAAGCUGCUGCUAUCAUGGCCAUUGCGUUGGCUAAUGGCGGGGGCCAGCCACCAGAUUGGCAGGAUUUUGUGGGAAUUGUGGUGUUGCUGGUUAUCAACUCCACCAUUAGCUUUAUAGAAGAGAAUAAUGCAGGGAAUGCUGCUGCAGCACUCAUGGCAAAUCUUGCUCCAAAAACCAAGGUCCGUCGAGAUGGAGCAUGGGUCGAGCAGGACGCUGCUAUAUUAGUACCAGGAGAUAUCAUCAGUGUCAAGCUAGGAGACAUUAUCCCUGCUGAUGCUCGUCUCUUGGAAGGUGACCCACUCAAGAUAGAUCAGUCUGCACUCACUGGUGAAUCAUUGCCUGUCACGAAGAAUCCAGGUGAUGAAGUCUUCUCUGGCUCCACCGUUAAGCAAGGUGAGAUUGAAGCCAUUGUCAUUGCCACUGGGGUCCACACCUUCUUUGGUAAGGCUGCUCACUUAGUGGACAGCACCAAUCAAGUUGGCCACUUCCAAAAGGUGUUGACAUCAAUUGGAAACUUCUGCAUUUGCUCCAUUGCUGUGGGGAUCAUUGUAGAGAUUGUCGUCAUGUACCCAAUUCAGCAUCGCAAGUAUAGGGAUGGAAUUGACAAUCUCUUGGUGCUUCUCAUUGGAGGGAUUCCGAUUGCCAUGCCUACUGUCUUGUCAGUAACAAUGGCUAUCGGUUCCCAUCGACUUUCCCAGCAAGGAGCCAUCACCAAGAGGAUGACAGCCAUUGAGGAGAUGGCAGGGAUGGAUGUUUUAUGUAGUGACAAGACCGGCACUCUAACAUUGAACAAGCUCACAGUGGACAAGGCUUUGGUUGAGGUUUUUGAAAAAAAUAUGGACAAGGACAUGUUAAUUUUGUUUGGAGCCAGGGCCUCUAGGGUGGAGAACCAGGAUGCCAUUGAUGCUUGCAUUGUUGGAAUGUUGGGUGAUCCAAAGGAGGCUAGGGAUGGCAUCCAAGAGGUGCAUUUCCUUCCCUUCAAUCCAGUGGACAAGCGUACAGCCAUAACAUACAUUGAUUCCGCAGGCAAUUGGCACAGAGUUAGCAAAGGGGCUCCAGAGCAAAUUAUAGCACUCUGCAGUCUCCGGGGUGAUGCGCUGAAAAGAGCUCAUGCCAUUAUUGAUCAGUUCGCUGAUCGUGGUCUUCGAUCUCUUGCUAUUGCUAGACAAGAAGUGCCAGAGAAGACAAAGGAAAGUGCAGGAGGACCUUGGCAUUUUGUGGGUCUCUUGCCUCUCUUUGAUCCACCAAGACAUGACAGUGCAGAGACUAUCAAAAAAGCUCUGGGACUCGGAGUGAACGUGAAGAUGAUUACUGGCGACCAGCUAGCUAUUGGUAAAGAGACUGGUCGCAGGCUUGGGAUGGGAAGCAACAUGUACCCUUCUUCUUCUCUCCUUGGUGACCACAAGGAUGAGAGCAUUGCUACUCUUCCCAUUGACGAGCUUAUUGAAAAGGCUGAUGGGUUUGCCGGAGUCUUUCCCGAGCACAAGUACGAGAUAGUGAAGAGGCUGCAAGAUAGGAAACACAUAUGUGGAAUGACUGGAGAUGGUGUGAAUGAUGCACCUGCAUUGAAGAAAGCAGAUAUUGGAAUAGCAGUGGCUGAUGCAACAGAUGCAGCUCGAAGUGCAUCUGACAUAGUCCUAACAGAGCCAGGUUUGAGUGUGAUUAUAAGUGCAGUGUUAACAAGCAGGGCUAUUUUCCAGAGGAUGAAGAACUACACCAUUUAUGCUGUCUCCAUAACAAUCCGUAUUGUUCUGGGAUUUAUGCUUCUUGCUCUCAUCUGGAAAUUUGAUUUCUCACCUUUCAUGGUUCUCAUUAUUGCUAUACUAAAUGAUGGGACCAUCAUGACCAUUUCCAAGGACAGAGUAAAGCCAUCUCCAGUUCCUGAUUCCUGGAAGCUCAAUGAGAUUUUUGCUACUGGCAUUGUCCUUGGUGCCUAUCUUGCUGUCAUGACUGUUGUCUUCUUCUGGGCUGCUCAUGCAUCUGAUUUCUUCACAGAAAAAUUUGGAGUUAGAUCUAUCAGGCACAGUGAGGAUGAGCUUACAGCAGCUGUUUACCUUCAAGUGAGUAUAGUGAGUCAAGCUCUCAUCUUUGUCACUCGUUCAAGGAGCUGGUCAUAUGUUGAACGCCCUGGUCUCUUGCUUGUUAGUGCCUUUCUCGUCGCACAAUUGAUUGCGACCUUAUUAGCCGUUUAUGCACAUUGGGGCUUUGCAAGGAUUAAAGGAAUUGGAUGGGGCUGGGCUGGUGUGAUUUGGCUCUACAGCAUCAUCUUCUACAUUCCUUUAGAUAUCAUAAAGUUUGCCAUCAGAUAUGCAUUGAGUGGCAAGGCUUGGAACAACAUUACUGAAACCAGGACCGCUUUCACCACAAAGAAAGACUAUGGAAGAGGGGAGAGAGAAGCGCAAUGGGCUGCAGCUCAACGCACUCUCCAUGGCCUGAAUCCUCCACAACCAGAAAGCAUCUUGAAGGACACAACAGAUUACAGAGAACUUACUGAAAUUGCAGAACAAGCAAGGAAACGUGCUGAAGUUGCAAGGUUGAGGGAGCUUCACACGCUGAAAGGGCAUGUGGAAUCUGUGGUUAAGCUGAAGGGACUUGAUAUUGAGAAGAUUAAUCAGCACUAUACUAUGUGAAAGGAAUUGCGAGCAAGCAAUGAUCUGCAUGCAUAUAUAUGCACAUAGGUAUACAGCAUAGGAAAGAUUAUUAUAUCAUUUUCCUAUAUAUUGAUUAAUUGAUUGACCUCAUUUGGUUUUCAAGAUGCUUAAUAAUAAGCAUUGUAAUAAUCCAACGUUCUGAGAUUGUACUGUUAAAGACAAUCUAGAGUUGGGGGUUGAGAGACCGAAUGACUCGUUGCAAUUGUUAAUUAUUAUUUGAAUAUGAAUAUUGAUUAUUUCUAUUCUUAUGUUCAAUGAAAAUAAGGGGUCACUAAAACUAUAUUUUAUCA